UAUUAGUUCAAGUCGUUGGUUCGAGUACAAAUCAAGUAACAGUUAAAGCUUGAACAACAAGGCCAUACAAGAAAUGACGGAACAAUCUACGGGACUUGGAGUGUCCGACGCCAAAGAAGAUCAGCAAGACUCGACCGAAAAUUCUUCGAUCGAUGACGCUUUCGGUAUGGAAAUACGCCGGAGACUAAAGUUGGAAUCGUUCGUUGCAUCCGGCCUCGGCAAAAACAAAGAAAAAAUCGGCCGUGUCGAUACUUUUUGGAAAGUUGUUUGGCCCAAACUUGAAGAAAGUGGAUGGAGAAAGGAGAAUGGGACGGGACACAACCUUGGAGGCAUCAAGUUUUUUUUUCCUCCCUUUUUAAAAAACUUUAUAGUAGCGAAACGCGAAGAUCACUAUGAACGUAUUCGAGACGUUCUGGAUCGCAUUUUAGGUCGACAUACGCAAGAUGAAACCGCAGCCGCGGAUGCGUAUGAGGCUGAAAUGAAAAAGGUUUUGAAGCUUCUUUCGAAGCCAGAAGGGAGAAAGCGAGGUCCUGUCAAAGACGAUACAACAUUGACUUGGAGCAAGGGCCAAGCGCCAAAAAAGCAAAUGCUGGAUCUGAGCUGGAAGGAAGGCGGUCGGAACUUUCCAAAGAAAUCCAGCCGCAUCGGACGAGAGUACCAGGUGGAGGACACCCCUAAUGCUGGUACAUGGAAGGCACCGGAAAACGACGAUGAAAGACAGUACGAGCAGGUAUGGGACCCAGUUCUUGCAGUGGCCAAAGGCAUUGACUUGGCAGAUAUAGUGAAAGAUGUACCAAGCAACAAAAAAGAGAAGGCCUUAAUUUGGUUGGGGGCUCACGAGUACGAAAUUGCUGGGUUUGAGGAAGCCGUCAAAAACAUGGAAUGUGACAACGGCUCGGAUUGGAAUCCCGACAUGAGGCGCCGUUUUCGAGAUGAAAUUUUCCGCUCGCGCAAAGACAUGGAUGCUGUUCAUGGGGCAAUGGAGAUUGAGAUGAAAACUUGCUUGGCUUACUACCUAGGAACGUUUCGUAUGUCAAAUGAUUAUCGUUUGCUCAAGACGGUUUGCGAAGAGGAACGACAAGAAGGCUAUAGCGCUACGGAGCACGGGAAGGACGCUUGCGCAAUUUGCGGAGACGGUGGAAGUUUACUUAUUUGUGACGGAUGUGAGGGGGAGUAUCACAUGGACUGCGUACAACCUUCGCUUGCCGAAAUCCCCGAGGGGCACUGGGAAUGUGACGAUUGUGUUAACGAAAAAUUCCUGGCGGCAAGGGAGCACCUCAUUCGAAACUCAGAAUUGUUUGAGAAGGCACAAUCCGAAAGCAAGGAUACAACAGAUCCGAUGGAUUCCGAAUUUAUCGCCUAUCGACCUACUGACUUUGCGCUCCAAAGUGUAAGUAAGAUGGCUAUGAGAAUUUCAGAGGCACUGCGAAACUUUUCUCCACCCGGAACGGUGGCCUCGUAG